CAUGUUUUCCUCCCUCACGCUGUGGAUCCCUCGGGUUGACCGGCCGAGACGUAAUCGGGGAACAUGGCAGACGAGGAGGACUCGGCGCCGGAGCCUGCCCCGGUCUCUCCCCAGGAGAGCCCUUUCACUGGGCGGCCUCACUCCGUCUUUUUUUCCGAAAGCGUUCAGCCGGCUGUCGGGAUGGUGAGCCAGCUGCUAACCCAGCCGUCCUCCCUGAAGUUUGAUAAAAACAUCAAACAGGCCUUCUACAACACUGGGGCUAUGAUCUUUGUGGCUAUAUGCUGCGGAGCUACUGUCCUGGUGUACUUCAUCCUGGAGGCCUUCCUCCGCCCGCUGCUUUGGGCAGUGCUCUGCGGGACCUUCCUCCACCCCUUCAAGUACUCCCUAGCUCGGCUCGGCCGCUCGUGGCUAAGCGGCCUGCAGGAAACCGGGACGCCCAUCGUGGUGGGGACCCUGCUUAUCCCUGUGUGGUGUGUGAACUACGGGGUGGAGACGAUGGGCAGGCUGGUGCUGGAGAGGCUCACAGUGCUGCUGGUGAUCGGCGCCGGGGCGCCGCUUGUCUACUUCCUCUACCUUUUCUGGCGCGUCAUUGGCAUGCAGGUGAUCCUCGGGCACAUCUGUUGGAUCAUCGGGGCCGCGCUGGACUAUUUCCACACUGUGUGGGUGUGCACUGUGGUGGUUGGCUACUUGUUGGUGGUUUGUUUCAAAUGGGGUCCCCACACUGAGCACUACCUGAGGGCCCUGGCUCUUCCUGUCUGGGCCAUCCUGCUCUUCUACAUUGUGUCUCUGACCGGCUCAUGGAGAGUUCCCAUAUUUGUGGUUGUGGUUACACUCGUCAUUGUGGGCUCCCAGGAGAAACCACCGACCCCUGGCAGAGGAGAGCUGUCGGGGCAGGUGUUGUCAUUUGCUGCUAACACUAUUUACAUGGCAAUAUCCUGUAGCAACCUUCAGAUGAAAACUGGGCCUAGUAAAAACUCUACCACAGCUGGUGUGCAGUCUGUGGGCCCCCUACCCUCCACUCCUGGGCUCCCUCAGGGCUCUCGUUCAUUACCAGGCGGCCUCUUCCAGAGAGAGAAAAGCUCCCAUAGAGCCAGUGAUAUCUACUUUAUUCUACUGGUGUGGGCCAUUGUACUGGUUCAAGUCUGGCUCAACCUCUGGAUCCUACAACUGCUGCCUAUUCCUGUGGCUGUGUGGGUGUUGAAGAAGCUGGUGGUCCACUUUGGCUUGAAGGGCUUUGCAGAGCGGACUCUCAUCUCAUGGUGGGCGGUGCUGGAGAAGCAUGGACGGGAGCGAGAGGAAGCCCUGCUGCCAGGACCAAUCAAAGGCUUGGCUCAGUUCCUGCUGCGCGUCGACACCAAGCUCUGGCAUUGGCUUAACAAGCAGAUGGUUGUGUGGUUGGAGCGAUCUCUGGAUAAAAUCAUCAGCAUCUUCAUCAUCUUCCUCCUGGUCACGGGGACCCUGCUCAUGGCUCUGUUGCUCACCGCUAUGGUUCACCACGAAAGUGUUCACAUCAUCGACGUAACCAGUAACCUCAUCAACGAGACUGUGUCUAACCAUCCAGAAUGGGCCAAUUUGCUUCCAGAGGCACGUGUGGUGCAGAAGGCUUUGAAUUCAGCUGCUACUAAUGUUUAUCAACAUGGUAGAGAAUGGAUAACACAAAAGCUCCAAAAAAUGUUAGGAGACAAGGUGAACAACACAGCUGUGAUUGAGAAACAGGUUUUGGAGCUCUGGGACAGACUAUACCACUCCUGGUUUGUGAAGAACAUGACCCACCCUGGACGCCACCGCGGUCAGAAGAUGGUUGUUCAGAGAGGGAACAGCUGGCUAGGCGACAUCCUGGACUGGAAGGACGUCGCCUCCUUUCUGCAAGAAAAUAUUGAGACUCUGCUGUCUAUCCUGGAGUCUCUAUGGGUGGUAAUGAGUAGAAAUGUUGGCCUCCUCAUUUCCACCACGACCACCCUCCUCACCGUCUUGUUCCACAGCGGCACGGCUCUGCUCAACUUUGCUCUGAGUCUGGUGAUUUUCCUGACCACUCUCUUCUACCUCCUGAGCUCCAGUGGUGAAUACUACAAACCUGUCAAAUGGGUGAUCAGCCUGACCCCCCUCUCCCAGCCUGGAGCCUCCUCAAAUAUCAUAGGCCAGUCUGUAGAAGAGGCUAUCAGAGGAGUGUUUGACGCCUCUCUGAAAAUGGCUGGCUUCUAUGGCCUCUACACUUGGCUCACUCACACCAUCUUUGGCAUCAACAUAGUCUUCAUUCCUUCUGCUCUGGCUGCCAUCCUGGGUGCGGUGCCUUUCCUGGGGACCUACUGGGCAGUGGUGCCGGCGGUGUGCGACCUGUGGUUGGUGCAGGGCGAAGGCGCCAAGGCCUUGCUGCUGCUGAUCUGCCAUCUGCUCCCGACAUAUUUUGUAGAUACAGCUAUCUACUCUGACAUAUCAGGGGGUGGACACCCAUAUCUGACAGGUCUGGCGGUGGCAGGUGGAGCGUACUAUCUGGGUCUGGAGGGGGCCAUCAUCGGGCCCAUCCUCCUCUGCAUCCUGGUAGUUGCAGCCAACAUCUACAGUGCCAUGCUUAUGAGCCCAAGCUCUGCAGCACAGACACCGGUGCAAUCCAGCUGGCCGCUCCACCCCAUGAGGACCUUCACAGACUCCACCCCUCUGUCCUGAAGAAGAUCAAUGUGGGAGAGGAUGUGUCCCAGUGGAACAUCACCUGACUAUCUAUCGGCUGAUUCCUCAGGGGGAAGCUCUCCACUUCCUGAAGCUCCUCCCUACGCCUCCCGGCCCUACAGGAACGACCAAGACAAGAUGGCGGCGUAACGGCUGGUCACCCAUGAUGCAUUCACCUACAAGAGCUGUGUCUCUGAGCAACAUGGAACCUGUCACUCUCAUUCAACACCCUAAACUUUAACAUGCAAGUUUUCUAACACUGAAAACACUGUUAGGAAUCUAAUUGAUUCCUAACAUGGACCAAUAGUGUCACAUCAGGCAUUAUGACUAUGAAUUGUGGAGACGUUGAUGCUAAUCACAUCAUCUCUCAUAAAUCCAGUGCCUAAAUCAAUUAUUUAAUGUUUAGCAAUGCCCCAAAUUACGGUGCAGUUUGGUGAGAAUCACAAGAUGAUAUAUUUUAUCUACAAACCCCGUGAUUUCCACCCUGCACAUUGUUUUUUUAAGCUGCAGACUCAGUAUGUGGUUGUGCAGUAACUGUACUCCUUACCUCUCUCCUCAUGGAGGCUCAAAUAGAGUUUGUGGUGAAGGCUUAAGAGGAGUUGUUGACUAUUUUUUAGUUUCACUUAAUGUGUUCUUCACGUUUCAGUGAUAGCAGCUGUUGGUUUGCAACUCUAAAUCUCUGCUUUUACAAAGUUUCAAGCUUUCAUUACCACUGUUUAACUUCUUUAGUAUCUGAUUUGAUUCUUUUAUGGAAAGUAAUUAAAUGGAUCCUAUUACACGUCCUUCUUUCAGGGAGUUUAAUCUAAAUCGGAGACCAGAGGAUUACUGAGCGAUUCUGUUUGUACAUUUUUAUUUAUUUGAAGCUUAACUUGUUUUUUUACACAUUGUGAGUGCACAGAUAGUACAUGCAACCCAGCU